UUCAUUCAAAUUUCAUGUGUUUAAUUUUUUUCCAGGUCCCAGGUCUUGCACACACUUAAGAAGUAAUGUUGCAAGAAAUACCAGCUCUAGGAGCAAAGGAAGAAUCACUGUCUCUUGAGCUCCUACCCAAGAAUACGCCAUUGAAAUAUCAACCAUAGGGACCCUUUACCCCACAGGAGAGUUGAAUCAAGGCCAGUGGUAUGAAUAAGGUGGCGAUUCUGAAGGGAAGAUUUUUGUAAGGAUGGACCCACACCAGCAGAUCGCCAGCAUAUAUAAUAGGGAUACAUUAUGGACUCCCGAGUAUGAAAAAACUUCCCAGUGUACAAACCAGGUACAAAAGCAUGAGGACAGGCCCACAGAAGGAAGACGACACACAUGUAGUGAAUGUGGAAAGAAGUUUGCUCAGAGCUCAGGCCUUGUUCGACAUCAGAGAAUCCACACUGGAGAGAAACCCUAUGAGUGUGAUCACUGCGGAAAAGCCUUCAGUGUGCGCUCAACCCUCACAGUGCAUGAAAGAACCCACACCGGCGAGAAGCCCUAUACUUGUAAUGAGUGCAGGAAAGGCUUCAGCGUGAGGGCACACCUGAUCAUCCACCAGAGAAUCCACAAUGGGGAGAAACCCUAUGAGUGUAAUGAGUGCGGCAAAGCCUUUAGUGUGAGCUCAGACCUUAUCAAGCAUCAGAGAAUACACUCUGGUGAAAAGCCCUAUGAGUGUGUCGAGUGUGGGAAAGCCUUCAGCGUGAGCUCAGCCCUCAUCAAACAUCAGAGAAUCCACACAGGAGAGAAGCCGUAUGAGUGUAAGGAGUGUGGGAAGGCCUUCUACGUGAACUCCGCCCUUAUCAAUCAUCAGAGGAUUCACUCUGGAGAAAAGCCCUAUGAGUGUGGAGAAUGCAGGAAAGCCUUCAGCCAAAUCUCCACCCUCAUCCAUCACCAGAGAAUCCACACUGGAGAGAAGCCGUAUGAGUGUGAGGAGUGUGGGAAAGCCUUCCGUGGGAGUUCUAAUCUUACUAAACACCAGAAAAUACAUGCCAAAGGAAAGUGUCCGCAGUGAUUUAUAUGGUGAAGAUAUUCCAAAGGCCUUUUUUUUUUUUUUUUAAUCAGAAGUUAACACCAAAAGAAGGGUAUGGUAAAAACUUAAUUGAUACUUGGUCCCUCAGAAUAUCGAAGAAGUGAGAAGUCAGUGGAAAUAACUCCAGAAUGGAUGGAGCUUUGCAGGCAGACUCUUCUGGGAUCAGCACUGAAGAGAUGCCAUAUCCCAUCCCAAACCAGCACAGCUGAAUCCCAAGCACUAAGUGAUGGUGACUCCUGGCUGUAAACAAGGUUCCAUUUCAAAGCAGAGUUUUGCAGAAGUUCAUCAUCAAGUGAGGGAGGAGCCUCUUUGAAAAAUCAUAGGUUAUAUUGCUUCAAGCCAAGCAGAGAAUCUCUCUGAGAAAGAGACCUAAGGCACUUGGGAGAACUUGCCCUGAAGUUCACUUCUAUCCCUGCUCUGGGAGUGGAAAAUUCUCCCUUCACCUUGUGCACAGUUUCAACGUGUAAUGAACUAAUAAGAGAAGCAGCUGCUCAGUAAAAUGAGUGAUCUCAAAUGUCUUUCCCUAAUAGUAUAAACCCUGGAACCCCAGCAGUCUGCAUGCAAGCACCAGUGUAUCCAGAUCUGAGGAGACCCUACGAAUCAUCACAGUCUGGAAGGACCUUCAGUGUAAAGCCAAAUCCCAUUUCACUACAUAACAGAGAAGCCAUCCCGGAGAAGAAUCCCAGCGGAGGAAAGAGUGUGGCAAAGACCUCAGGUACCAGACUGGUCUUGUCAGAUACCAGAGAUCUGUUGGGAAUACCUUUAGUUUGUAAACGUUC